AUGGCUCCCGAAUCUACCCCCUCCAAAGGGGGAAUGAUGUCGCUAUAUGCAAACCUACUCGACCCAUCGGCCGAGUCAACGCCGGGAACGAUCUCCCGCGCCCCCGUCGUCUUCAAGCAGAGCUCCGAGACCGACGCGCAACCUGACGAAUCUGCUGCGAAAAAGCAGCAGGUCAAUGCUGCUUCACUUCGAUUCCAGCCUACCAAAAGGCCUCAACUGAACCAGAAAACCAAACCCAAGCCGACACUGCCCAAGGCAGGGCUGCCGGCAAGUACGAUACAAGCUGUGACUUCAGCGGCCGCGCCUGCGAAGAGCAAAUUGGCCGACUGGGCUGCUACAGAAGAGGAUGACUUUGAUUACUAUGUCGGCGAGAAGCGGCAACGAGGCGGGAGGAAGAAGCGCAAGAAGAACCGAGAGCCGCAAAUGGUCAUGCAGAAUUGGGAUGACAUAUACGACCCGUCUCGUCCGAAUAACUAUGAAGAAUAUCGACAUAGUGACGAGAAGAUCCUCGAGGUCCGCGAGUGGAAGGACCGCCUCUAUGCGCACCGAAUGAAGCGCUCGCCGACGCCGGACUCGGAUAGCGAUUACGAUCGGCCUAUGAAUCGUCAAUUUGCGCCUCCCGGGAGCUUCGCGCCACCACCAAACCUCAAUGAUAUUCCACCUCCACCUCCAGCAGAUAUUCCUGAUGAUCCCUCCGGCGAAGAUGCAUUUGCACGCCGUCUACGCAUGAGCCAGAACGUCAGCGAUGGCACGGGCACAUCCAACUAUGCCGUUCCACCACCACCUCCUCCACCUGAUGAACAACCCGCUCCUCCCGACGACGUCACUAGCGAAGACCCAUAUCUACACCGACUUGAGCAAUCGCAGAACCAGCCGCCACCAGAACAUACACCGGCUCCUCCUCCGCCACGCCCCCUGGAUGCUUUCCAGCCCAGUUCCGCAACUAUCUCCCGCGCCCCAGUCCGUUACACACUCCCACCACCACCCGAAGAAAUCCCCGCGUCCGAAGCCGAAUUGGAAGAAAUGCUUGCACAAGAAGAAAAAUCUGCUCCUGAAGACAACGAAGACGCCCCCCGAUCACGACUUCCCGGUCAGAAGGGCUUUGCAGAACGACAACUCGCCAAAUACGGCUGGACCAAAGGCUCCGGGCUCGGUGCUACAGGAUCGGGUAUCGUCAAUCCUCUACAAGUAAAGGUUGAGAAGCGGAAAAAACGACCUGAUUCCGAAGGCGGCGGUUUUGUUACACCUGGCGGACGAGGCAAGAUCAUUGGCGGGAAGAAGAAAAAUGAGGACACAGGCAAGUUUGGGCCCAUGAGUCCCGUUGUAAUUCUUCGCGGUAUGUUAGAUGGUAUGGAUCUGGAUGACGAAUUGCAUCGUGAGGGAGGCGGCUUGAUGCAAGAGAUUGGAGAAGAGUGUAAUGAAAAGUAUGGGAGAGUGGAGCGAGUGUAUAUCGCGCGAGACGUGGGCACGCCUAUCCCAGUGUUCGUGAAAUUUACGAAUGAGCUAUCCGCAUUACGUGCUGUAAAUGCACUUGAAGGGCGAAUCUUCAACGGAAAUGCAAUCCUUGCCCGGUUCUUUGAUCCCGAGAAAUUUGAACAGGGAGUCUAUGUUGAAUAA